AUGGCUCUUAGUGUUGGUACAAUAUUUGGUAAUAUAUCUGGAGGACUUUCCAGUGAUUUUAAAAAGAAGAAUUUCUCAGUUUACGGACAAUGGAUUGCAAUUAUUACAAUCUUUUUAUGUUUAGCCUUGGGAGUUGCUAAUAUAUUUCAUUUCAAUUUAGUAAUUAUAUUCUCAAUUAUAUGUAUAGUACAAGGCUUAAUUGUUGUAUUUGUUGAAAUGCCAUUUUUACUUAAAAUAUGUCCAUUAACUGAUACAUUUGUUAAUUUUGUUAAAAGAUUUGAUGAUAAUUUACCAAGAUGUGGAUUCUAUUUAUUGAAUGGUGUUAUACAAUGGUUAAGUUUAACAUUACAAUCAACUAGUUUAAUUGUUGUUGCUGUAUUCUUUACCCUUGCAAGUUUCUGUUAUGCAAUGGCAUAUUUUACACAUCAAGAAUUUAUGAAAUCAACAUUAGAUGUUAGUGGAAGUAGUAGUGGAAAUCAAACUGAUUUUGAAGCUCAAGUUGGUCAACAUAUUGUUAGAAAUGUAUUAUAG